AUGCCUAUUGACGAACCGACGAGUGGUUUGGACAGCAAUGCCGCCGAAGUGGUAAUAAAUUGCUUAAAAUUGUUGUCCAGAAAACACGAGAUGACAAUUAUUGCGUCCAUUCAUCAGCCAAACAAUGAUUUGUUGCAUAUGUUUGACAACAUCUAUGUGUUGGCCAAAGGAGGGGUUUGUCUGUAUUCAGGAGUUCCACACCAUUUGCGACAACAUCUCAAAGACAACGGCAUUGAAUGCAUUGAAAAUCAUGUGCCGAUUGAAGUGCUGUUAAAAAUUGCCUCAAAAGAGAUAUCAAAUAAAAACAAUAACAAUAUUGAAGAAAAACCAAACAUUAAUAACAAUGGCGUGAAUUGCGAUCAGAUAUUAGUGUCAAACAUGCGGCCAGUGUUUGGUUCGCUGAGUAUAUCAAAGAGAUUCAGUUUUGCGGACAUGUAUUACCUGUUGUGCCGAUCGCUGACCCAUACAUUCCGGUGCCAAUGGGUAUCACUGUUGGUACAAUUUGCCAUGAUGCAAACGGCCGCUUUGCUUAUGGUAUAUAAUUCCAGUUCGGAUAUGACUGAGCCCGACGGGUGCGUUGAGUUGGGCGCCGGGUUUGACUCCGUACAGACCAUUGACCUGAUCCGUAACGAAGCGUUGAUCAAGCUCAAUAUUAAAUACAAUAUUUGUUUAUUAAUGUCUGUGUCGUAUAUUGUGGUGAUCGUAAUGUCGGCAACAUUUGGCACCGAUUUUCGUGUAUUCCGGUGUCAACAACAAAACGGCUGGUACAGCACCGGUGUGUACCUCUGGUGCCGCACAAUUGUAGACCUAAUACCAAUUUUUAUAGCAUUACCCGUGUUUUGUUGGAUCACAAACCUAUACAAAACGAUCACAUUCUAUGCGUUUUCGUUUGCACUCAAUUUACUGGUUGUAAUGUGCAGUCAAAGUGUGGCCCAAUUAUCGGCCCUAAUGUUUAUAAAUGAACGUAAAGUUGCCCUGAGUUUAGCCAUACUGUGCCAAUCGAUGAUUAUACUAUUGGGCAACAAUCUCAUCCCGGUCAAAGAGUUGCAUUACACGUUACAAUGGUUGAGUAGUUUGUCCUAUUGUAGAGUGUCGUACGAGUGCAUAAUGAUCAUGAUAUAUGGCUUCGACCGGUGUCAGGGUGAUAAUGUGUCUACCGUACUGUACGUUCUCGGUAUUGACGAUGAUCAGUUUUGGCCAAAUAUAUUCCAAUUGGUCUAUAUCUAUGUUUUGCUCAAAUUGUUGUUUCAAGUUGAUAGUACUAACACAGUAAUAUCAAUCUCGGUCUUUGUCUCGGUCUCUGGCUCAGUCUUUGACUCGGUCUUUGGGUCUCGGUCUUUGGUCUGCGGUUUAUUGUCCUCGGUCUAUUGUCCGCGGUUUUUGUUUCUCCGUCUAUCUUGCGGUUUUGUCUCGCUGUCAUUGUAUUGCGGUCACUGUCUUUGUCGUGAUCUUUGUCCCGCGGUUUCUGCCUCAGGCUCGGUCUUUGGUCCGCGGUCUUUUUCCCGCGGUCUCUGUCUCGGCAUCUGCCUGCUGUCUUUGGUCCGCGGUCUUUGGUUUGCGGUUAAUUUUCGGCGGUUAAUUGUCCGCGGUCUUUAUCUAGCGGUCACGGUGCGGCGUUUUUGUGUCGCGGUCAGAUUCGCUAUCCGUGCUGCGGUUUUCGUGUCGCGAUCUGUCCAGCGGUCGUUGUGUCGCGGUUUGGCCCCCGGUCUGGGUCUCGGUCUGUUCAACGGUUUUUAUAUCGCGGUCAGAUCCGCGGUCUGUCCUGCGGUUUUCGCGUCGCGGUCUGUACAGCGGUCGUUGUGUCGCGGUCUGGCUUCCGAUCUCGCUCGCGGUCUGUCCAGCUGUUUUUAUAUCGCGUCUGUCCUGCGGUCUUCGUGUCGCGGUCAGUCACGCGGCAUCCGUAGGGCGGUCUGUGUCGCGGUCUGUCUCUUUGUUUUUAUGUCGCGGUCUUCCCGCGGCCUUUGUCUCGGGUUUCAGGCUAGCGAUCUCUUGCUCCAGAAUCUCGAGGCCAACGGCCUCGGUGAGAAGGACAAACGCCCGUGGCCUCCGCCCUGCAUCGGUCGACAACCCGAAGCUUCGCUGGUCACCCUACUGGCACAAGUUGUCGGCGCUUACAAUCGGGCGCUACACUCGGCCACUGUCUGUCCCCGUAUUCUUCGCGCUUCGCCCGCCAACCGCUCGAUCACUGCUAUUAUAAAUGCAUUUAUUGUCGGUUUAGUCGACGGUUGCGUACAUAUCGGCGGACAAUCUAACCGGACAUGGAUUGAGAUAGAGGAGGACAAAAGCAUCUUGUUCCAAUGCCAAUCAUUAAUACAUUGUUCGUAUGUGAUUUAUGCGUUUAUACUCCAAUAUUAUAUCGUUAUUCUGGACGAACCGCACAUCAAAUACAAAAUGCCCACGUGA